AUGGAAAUUUGUCCAGCGCCGCGCUGGACGCAGUCCGCAUCCGCGAGUCAUAAGCUCUGGGACGAUUCCAUGCACGAUCAGAAAUCCUCUUGAAUCGGAGAAGUCGAUGCUACAACCGUCCGAGAUUGGACUCUUCUACUCCUCUCUUUCUCUUCCUCAGAUUCUUCUAUAACAACUGCCGCUUCCGAUCAGAUCGUCUGAUGAAAAUCACACUCACUCACUCUCUCUCUCUCUCUCUUCCAUUUCUAUGAUUUUUGAUUUUCUGUAAAGUUCCUGUCUUUGACGUCUUGAAUUUUGGGGAAAUUGAGAAAAAUCCCCCUCUUUUUGUUCGAUUUUACUAAUUUUGACAUUCAAUCCACUUCUUUUUCUCUGUUUUUCCAUCUCAAAGAUUCGAUUUUCUACUAAAUCGAGGUUGGAUUUAAUCAGUGUCCGUACAAAGGAAGAAAAUCCCCCCUUUUGAUCCAUUUGUUACCGUUUUGCCAUUGGUUGCAGUUGAAUCUUUGCUUUUUCGUUUGAUGUAUUUAUUUAUUUAUUUUUGAAAAAGCCGGCGUUGAAUUCGAUCGACUCCGGCGAAAGAUUAGUUGGUUGCAGUUGAAUUUUUUUUGAAUUUCUGUUGAUGCGAUCGAUACCGUUGGACUUCGAUGUGGGCCACCAAGAGAGAAUCUGGAAGACUUUGAGUCUGAAUUCAGAUGGGAAACACAUGUGUAGGUCCCAGUAACUUCUCCAAGAAUGGAUUCUUGCAGUCCGUCUCUGCCGCUGUCUGGCGGGUCCGAUCGCCCGAUGAUGUGCUUUCUGCCAACAGCGAAGCUGGUAGCCAUCACGGCAUGGCGCCUGCAUCAGGCCCCACCGAUAAACCGAUUCCAGAUGACCAUCCAUUCCCUGUCCAGAACAAAGCCCCAGAACCAGUCAAGAUCGUAACCGAUGCUAAGGAGGCGAAGCCGGCGGAGCCCACAAAGCCUAACAAGAAACCCCAGCACUUCAAACGGUCGUCCAGCGCUGGACUCCAGAUUGACUCAGUGCUGCAGCGGAAGACUGAUAAUUUGAAGGAGAUAUACAGCUUAGGACGGAAGCUCGGGCAGGGGCAAUUUGGGACGACGUAUUUGUGUGUGGAGAAGGCGACGGGGAAUGAGUAUGCUUGCAAGUCUAUCUUGAAGAGGAAGUUGACGACAGAAGAGGAUGUUGAGGAUGUUCGCCGGGAGAUCCAGAUCAUGCACCAUCUAGCAGGCCACCCCAACAUGAUCUCAAUAACAGGGGCUUACGAGGACGCUGUGGCUGUUCAUGUUGUGAUGGAGCUUUGUGCCGGUGGCGAACUUUUCGAUAGGAUCAUACAAAGGGGACAUUACACUGAAAGGAAGGCGGCCGAGCUGACCCGUGUGAUUGUUGGCGUUGUGGAAGCAUGCCAUUCGCUAGGGGUUAUGCAUCGAGACCUUAAGCCUGAGAACUUCCUCUUUGUCAACAAAAUGGAGGAGUCGCCGCUCAAGACGAUAGACUUUGGAUUGUCAGUAUUCUUCAAGCCAGGGGAAAUAUUCACCGAUGUGGUCGGGAGCCCAUACUAUGUGGCACCAGAAGUGUUGCGAAAGCGCUACAGUCGUGAGGCUGAUGUCUGGAGUGCUGGUGUAAUCGUUUACAUUUUGUUAAGCGGGGUCCCUCCAUUUUGGGCAGAAUCCGAGCAAGGAAUAUUUGAACAGGUUUUGAAUGGGGACCUUGACUUUUCAUCAGAUCCAUGGCCUAGUAUCUCUGAGAGUGCAAAAGAUUUAGUGAGGAGAAUGCUUAUUAGAGACCCAAAAAAGCGGCUGACCGCCCAUGAAGUUCUGUGCCAUCCAUGGGUUCAGGUUGAUGGUAUAGCUCCUGAUAAGCCUCUUGAUUCUGCAGUUCUAAGUCGCAUGAAGCAAUUCUCUGCUAUGAACAAGAUCAAGAAAAUGGCCCUCAGAAUCAUUGCUGACAGCCUGUCUGAAGAAGAGAUUGCUGGCCUAAAAGAAAUGUUCAAGAUGAUAGACACGGACAAUAGCGGCCAAAUUACUUUUGAUGAACUCAAGGCAGGUCUGAAAAGUGUGGGUGCUAAUCUUAAGGAGUCUGAAAUUUACGCGCUGAUGGAAGCGGUAAUUGUCAUUUCAAAUUCAGUUGUGAGUGUCAUUUUCAGUAACAGGAUCCGCUUGACUUCUUUUCAUUCAUCUGUUUGCUUUGUAAUGAUAUUGCAGGCAGAUGUUGAUAAUAGCGGCACCAUAGAUUAUGGGGAAUUCAUAGCUGCCACUUUACAUCUAAACCAGAUCGAGAGAGAGGACCAUUUAUUUGCAGCUUUCUCAUAUUUUGACAAAGAUGGCAGUGGGUACAUAACCCCUGACGAGCUCCAACAGGCCUGUGAGGAGUUUGGCAUAGAAGAUGUCCAACUCGAAGAAAUGAUCCGAGAAGUGGAUCAGGACAAUGACGGACGCAUUGACUACAAUGAAUUUGUGGAGAUGAUGCAGAAAGGAAAUGCUGGUUUUGGUAAGAAGGGGCCUCAAAACAACUUAGGUAUUGGUUUUAGGGAGGCACUCAAGUUAGGUUGACACUGAUAGUGGUAAGGUUUUCUUUUCUUCUUUUCCCAUUAUUUUAUAGAGUUUAAAUAGAAUACAAAUUGUAAAGACCAGCAGGUGCUUAGCCAAUUUGAGUGCACCUUAAUGUUGUAUUUCUCUCAUUUUUUUUUUCCAGCGUGGGAUUUGAAUGGGAAUGGAUUGCGAGCGAUGUUCAUUUUGUUUUAUGACACUAAUGUCUAUGGACUUUGCUUCUAUUUUGUAUUGGGCAAUGCCUAUUUUCAGCAUUCAGUUUUCCCAGUACCAGUUAUAAAGCUUAGGUCGUGUAUGUACUAUCGAAUUGAAUUGCAGUAACUAGUUCAAUCAAAGUGUUUGGUAUUUCAUGACAA